AUGGAUGGCGAACCCAGCGCGCAGAGAGAGGCGCGCUUGCGCUCGCUAUGGAGCAAGCUGGACACCAAGCAGAAAGGAACGCUGGACUAUGAGGCACUGAAGAGGGGACUGGAGGUCAUGAACCACCGUAAGAUACAGACCCACCAAUGUCAACAACAUAAUCAAGAGGAUGAGCGCGGUUUAUUGAUAUGCUGCAACAGCUCUGAAAGAUGCGGACGGCCUGAUCAAGGACAUGCUCUCCGCGUGCGACAUCAACCACGACGGCAAGAUCAGCUACGACGAGUUCUGCCGCUUCUGCACCCAGACCGAGAAGGAGCUCUGGCAGCUCUUCCAGGCCAUCGACCGCGACCAUAGUGGGAAGCUGGACAAGGGUGAGCUCGCCGCGGCCUUCGAGAGGGCCGGCGUGGCCGUCUCCAAUUCUCGCCUCGAGCGUUUCAUGGGCUACAUCGACAAGGACCAUGACGGUACCAUUGAUUUCAGCGAAUGGCGCGGUAAAACUACACUCUUCCCUUCCAUUGGUGUCGAGCACGUGCUGAUCGCGAUGGACCAGACUUCUUACUCUUCAUUCCCACCAACGCUCCUGGCCUCAAGGCCGUCUUUUCCUACUACCAGUCCACCGCGAAGCUGACCGCCGAGGGCGAUGUGCACAUGAGCGACGAAGCUCUGCAGGGCCUAGGUACGAUUCUCGACUUUCUCAAGAGUUCCUUGUUUGGCGCUGUCACCCAACUCGUGAACCCCGCGCAGAGCCACGCCGGAGGCUCCAACACCCAGCCGAUAAGCAUGUGGGAAGGCAGCGAGAACCGGCCGCAGCUCUUUGGCGGCCACGUCCUGAGCGAGGAAGAAGAGAUUGAGGACGACCCGUACAUACCCAUCAAGCCCGCCCGCCGGAAAGACGUCCAGGAGAUCAAAGAGCAGGAACAGCAGGCGCUGAAGCAGCAAGGCCGAGUCAAGCUGACGGAUUUUGUGCCCAAUGUAGGCUAUUUCGCGGCGGGUGGUCUCUCGGGCAUUACAUCCCGGACGGUGACCGCGCCGCUCGACAGGCUCAAGGUGUACCUGAUCGCGCGGACGGACAACGCGGAGAAUGCGGUGCAGCUGGCCAAGCACGGUCAUCCUCUACAUGCCAUGACCAACGGUCUCAGGUCGAUGUGGAAUGCGACGAAAGACGUAUGGGCUGCGGGCGGCAUGAGGAGUCUUUUCGCCGGUGAGUUGCGGAGACAGCGAAUUGAAGGGACGGGGUACUGACCGGUUGCAGGAAAUGGCCUCAAUGUACUCAAAGUUAUGCCGGAGUCAUCGGUCAAGUUCGGCGCGUACGAGGUGUGUCCAGGUCUACCGUCUGCCCGGAUAGUGCUGAUUACUCUGCGUGCUAGGCAUCCAAACGCGCAGUUGCCAGAUUCGAAGGUCACAACGACCCCAAGCGAAUCUCUUCAGUCUCCAUGUUCACCGCGGGAGGAUGUGCCGGCAUGAUAGCACAAGCCGUCGUGUAUCCUCUCGACACGCUCAAAUUCCAGAUGCAGUGCGACACCGUUAAGGGCGGCGAGCACGGCACCAGGCUCAUAUUCAACACGGCGAAGAAGAUGUGGGCGAGAGAUGGGCUCGUUAGCUUUUACCGUGGCUUGCCUAUGGGUGAGUAAACUGAUAGUACAGAAUCGAUGUUCUCGAUAUUCUGACCGUUCAUGACAGGGCUCGUCGGCAUGUUCCCUUACGCGGCCAUCGAUCUUAGUGUCUUCGAAACGCUCAAGAAGGAAAUCAUACGACGGAAGCGAGCAAAGGACCCCUCGAUCAAACACGACGAAGACGCUUUACCGGGCAAUUUCUCGCUGGCACUCAUGGGUGGCUUUAGUGGAGCUCUGUCGGCUUCGCUUGUCUAUCCCAUCAAUCUGCUGCGUACUAGGCUGCAGAGUCAAGGGACGAUCGGCCAUCCGAGGACGUACACAGGAAUUGCGGAUGUCACACGGCAGACGCUGGCAGGGGAGGGUGUGAGGGGACUGUUCAAGGGAUUGACUCCGAACCUGCUCAAGGUCGUGCCGGCGGUGUCAAUCGUAAGUUUCCAUUUUCUUUCCAAACGAAAUAGUAUUGAGAAGCUGACGUUUUGGUGCUGCAGACUUAUGUCGUCUACGAAAAUGCGAAGAAGGCGCUGCAUUUGCAGUGA